GCUAAUUGAAGGAGUGGUGUUGUGGGUGGGAGGAAUAAUGAGUUAGAUUAAAAAAACAAAUCAGAAGCGAAGGGCGUCAACGUCGACGCUUCUUUCGUCUUCUAUUUGAGAGCAUCCCCAAAAUUUAGAAACUUUUGAAAUCCCUCUCCUUGGGUUUUCUCUGCGUUGCUUCGUCGUUCCAGAAACGCAGAGGGAGAGAGAGCUCCGGCGUGAUGGGUGCUACUUCUUCUUCAUCGGUUUCCGAGAGAUCCAUUCAUCAAUUCACCGUCAAGGACAGCUCCGGCAAGGACUUCGGCCUGAGUAAUUAUCAAGGGAAGGUCCUUCUCGUCGUCAAUGUCGCUUCCAAAUGCGGUUUCACCGAAUCCAAUUAUACACAGCUCACCCAACUCUACUGCAGAUACAAGGACAGAGGUCUCUUCCCUCCUCCUCUUUUUGUUCCCUUGAGA